AUGGAUCUACGAAGCUCGCGUCCCACGCACCUCGGCGUCGACCUACUUCUUAGUCGCCGCCGGUCAGCCCCCUGGAAACGUGGUCUCUCACGAUGUUCUCCUUCGUCUCGACUAGCUGGUGGGUCAGGAACUAAUCGACGCAGCAGAGAACAAAACGUGGAAAGAAUGACGAAAAUGGGGAGGGAUCGGGUGCUGGGGUGGGUUGUGGUACUGGACUCGGCUGGAAAAGUGUGUGCUGGCGGCGGUGAGACGAGAUCGCCGGCAAUGGAUGGAGCCCGGAGAUCGCAGAGCUCCAGGCGAUCAGAUUUGCUUUGGGGUUGGUGGAAAUGA